UUAGUUUGCUUCAGUCCUAGAGCAUGAGUGGAAAGCAGAACCAUUUUGUUUUGUGUGGUGGAAGUUAUCUUUCUGAGGUACAACCAAAAGCUGAGAAGCAAAGAAGCCAAAAGGUACUUUUGCUGUGUUUGGAGUGUUGGAACCUCAGAAGACUGAAUCUUUAGUUGUCUUGAUAUUCGGAAAAGGAAUAUACUGCAGUCUUCUGUUUAGAAAUCUUGCCUAAUAAAAUGCUUGGAGAAGCCUUCCUAAUUGAGCUCUUAUACAAAGAACAGAAAUAUACAAAAUUAUAUAAACCACUCACAUGUAAGAAGACCUCAAAUGCUGAAAAGAAAACUUGGAAAAAACAGCUUUUAGGUAUAGAGGAUAAUUCGCUUUCCCCUGAUAAAGUAGAAAAUCAACAUCAUGUUGAGAAAGAAAGGUUAGCAGAGCAAAUUAAUGAUACAAAUAAAAGAAAGUCUGUGGAUGAGAUAAGUGGAGCGAAAUGUAAAAGUGCAUCCUUUCCAGGAAAUGUGUCUGUUGCACUGCCCAUUCCCAAGAGAGAAAAAUAUGAUGAAAGGCAACUGGAUUUAUACCGAUCUUGGUCAUGCACAAGUAUUUGCCAGAAUUAUCCUGACCUACAGAUUGGAGGAGACCAUGUGGGGAACAUGUAUGAUUCAGGUUGCUUUGUGGAACACAUACGUGAUGAUGCUGUUAACGGUCCGCUUUUACUUUCAGUAGAUAUCCCAUUGGGCCAUUCUCCUACCACUGAGCCUGCAGAGAAACAACCUGCCCCAAAACUUUUGAGUGGGGAUGAAAUUCGAGAAAAAAGUAUGUUGUUUUAUAAGCAGCCUCUCUCUAAUUCUAUGCUUAAUAGUUAUAUGGAAAAAAAAGUGGAUGAGGUAUACAAACAAUUUUUGGAAGAAAAUCUCACGAAGUGCCUUUCCAUAACCAAUCUUAUGACUUCCAAUUUGCUAAUGAAUAAUGUGAAUCAGAUUAGCCUUCAAAUCUCUCAAGAGCAGAAGAUAGAGACAUCGAAAGACCUAGAAGCUCACCUACAUUCUUGCUCAAGAAACAGUUCUGAAUUCAGCACUCCUAACCUACAAAUAUCGAACCAGAGAAGUAGGGAAUUUGUGUCACAUCUGCGGUAGGAACCAAUUAUAAGUUUAUUGCACUGACUUAAAGGACUGGAGUAACAAUAACAAUAGUUUUCUCUGGUUCCUGUCACAUCAGGGCUCCUUUGGGGUAGGGUUAUUAAAUUUUUUGAGAAAUUAUUUGAGCAAUGAAUGGUACAUCUGCAUUCUUUUAGGAGAUAAUUUUAAUAAUUAAGUUGUAUGACUAUAUUUUCUAAUUAUUUUGAUAUGUUUAAUAAUUGCCACAUUCAUGUCUGUAAAUUUCGUAUGUACUUAUUUAUUUAAUUGCCACUGGCAUCCUAAAUCCAUUACCUCACUCUCACUCAUCAGUUUUAUUUACUACGAAAGUGGUACAAAACUGAGUCAAAGACAGGAUUAUUGCUUUCAGCUACUGAAAGGAGCACUAGAAAUGAUAUCAUACAGAGAGAGGCAUUUAUUUCACCACAAAGUGUUUAAAGAUUUAUAAGUAAUGCUUAAAUAUUCUUUGUUUUAUUUUCAACAUUCAUUCUGUUUUUUUACACUGACAGUCAGAACAGCCUAAGGGAAAUUCUUUUUCUUUCAGAGUUUAAACUUAUAUUGAUACACAGCUAAACUUAUUCAUUUACAGACUGUCUAUGGCUGUUUUUGUUUGGAGUUGGGGUUUGGGGUUUUUAUGCAGUUGCAGAAAUAUUUUUAUUUUUUAUUAUUAUAUAUUUUAGAAUUUUUUAUUGUUCAAGUACAGUUGUUUCCAAUUUCCCUCCAACACUCCCCCCCCCCGGCCAUCCCCACCUCCCAUCCUUGACCCUACCCACCUUUGGCUUUGUCCAUGUGUCCUUUAUACAUGUUCCUUGACUAAGGAAAAAUCUUGAAACUGAAGUUGUAUUUAAAUAUGUGAAAAAAUAUGGAAGAAUGGGUUAAGGAAAAUAUAGAAUUUGACAUCAAAAUUUGCAAUUGAAAUCUGAUGCUUUUACACUUUCCUGGGGCAAGCGGCAGCUUUUUCAUUUCAUUGUGGUUCUAAGUGAUGACAGGAAGGAAAUUGUGCAGGUAAAGAGGAGAAAGUACAUAGAGAACCAUCAGGUAGUAGUGAAGAAAGAGGCUCUCUUGGCAACUUUUGAUUUCUUAGAUUAACCUCAGUCAAGAUCCUGAUUAAGAAUAAUAGUCAGCAACAUGUUAUGUUGAUUUUGGAAUCUAAAUUCAAUAAAUUAAGUUUUUAAAAAAGAUUUUAUUUAUUUAUCUUUAGAGGGGAAGAGAAGGAGAGAGGGAGAGAAAUAUCAAUGUAUGGUUGCCUCUCCUGUGUCCCCUGCUGGGAACUGGCCUACAACCCAGGCAUGUGCCCUGACUGGGAAUCAAACUGCAAUACUCUUGAUUCGCAGGCCCACACUCAAUCCACUUGAGCUACACCAGCCAGGGCCUCAAUAAAUUAAGUUUUAAAACACACCAAAAACAGUGGUAUGCUUUAUUGCAGACUUGGAAACAAACUCCACACUUAACAGCCUACACUUUCUCUUAGAUAUAGUGAAAUGAUCAGCAUGUGCUUUUGCUUGCAAAAUAAAAUGUACGUAUCUGUUAUGGAAUUAUUAUGACUGCAUUAUAUAUUAAUAAGAUUUGUGCAUUAGUGAUUACUUAUUCCCCCUCCAAUUUUCUUUUUGGCCUUUGAUUAAAUUUUAUAGACUGAAUUACCCCAGUGCCCUCACAACUUGUUCCUUUUGAUCACAAAAUCAGUUUGUUUUCAUCUUUUUUACAUUUCUAUGAUCUAAUAAUAGGUACCCCUGAUUGACCUUGUUUAUAUUUUAAUCACUUCUUCUCCAGCAUCCCCUCCCAUAACCCUGUCAAUUAAUAGUCAUCAUUCACACAUUCGAUUAGGAAGAGACAAUGGCCAUGGGUUUUGGGAAAACUGACUUAGCCUCUUGUAGAUACUUAAAAACUGUUUGUGUACAUUGUUUUAUACAUUGUGGAAUUUGUAUAUGUUAAUGAAUUACAAAAAAGAUAAAAUAUUGAUGUCAUUCUUUGUCUUUUCUAAACUGAUUAAAUUUUGUUGGGUAACAGUAUU